GUAGGUAUGUAUAUAACUGAUCUGCCAUAAUAUCUCAUAGAGGAACCGCCAACGAAAGCAGCGGACAACCACCGCCAGACAAACCGCUUUAACCAGCGCCGCAUUAGACACCCUCGCAGCGGCAGCGGCAGCAGCAGCACUCGCACGGGCCGGCUGAGCCAUGUGGCGGCAGAGCAGGGCAGUCGGUAUCAAUGCGUCGACGAGGCAGGUGGUAUCAAAGAAACGGGACAAGAUAAACGCUAGUGACAACGAUACCGUGAAAAUCAAAAAGGGAAAAGCAUGCAGACAUCCGUCCCUUCUUGAGAUGGUUGACCUGCACACAGAAAAAGACAGGCAUGAGCUUCCACCGCCUUCCGGAGUGAAGACUUUAGGAAGCCGUUUUGUGAGUGAAAUAAAGUGCCUUAAGAACAGUCGUCUGUGCCAACAUUUAGCUGAUAUUUAGCAAACGUAGCAAGUGCAGUGUCAUUUUUUCUGUAUCAGCUCGGUGACGAAAACGAAACAAACGAGCAUCUAGAAUUCUCGGGAUGAGCAAGCUGUGGCCCUGACAGGCGUGGAUGAAGAUCGGGGCCAAGUUGAAGGCUUUGUUGUUGGCUCACAGCAGCCUUAGGCACAGUAGCAAUCGGCACCGACACCGCACCUCCACCGUCAGCACCACCACCACCACCACCACCACAACAACAACAACAACGAUCACCUCCGUCUCGCACACCGCAAUGCCCCGCGAUCGCCCCCCGCAAGCCAGUAAGUCCAUGCUGGACUUGUCUGGCCGCAAGAUUUCCGACACCAGCGAGCCCCGCCUGCGGCCCGCCAUCUCUGUUCUGGACGUGAGCGGCAAGCCUGAGCUCCGUCGCCGCCCCCACUCGGAGGGCAGCUACGGCCCGACGUCUUCUCGCCAGGACCGGGCUCCGUCCGUGUCCUCGGCCAACGUGGGGCUCAAACAUUCCCGGCCGAAGCGGUACUCUAGCAUCUCAUGGGCGGAGGAAGUCCUGGAACACCCGGAUGAGGCGAUACAGGAUGAGGAGGCCCCCGUCUCGCUGCGGCACUCCAGCAGUUCCACGACGUCGCCGCCCGCCACGCCUGCGGCUACUUCGUCCUCGAGCGCGGGGAGGGCGGCUCCCGAGAUGUUCCUAAACGGCUUCAGUGUCGCACAGAGUCAGUCCAUGAUGUCGCUGCCGAGGCCCCUCACCACGAGUAACACCUCGGACGAUGAGCCAAGGGGAUUUCGCAAGAAAUCCUCCAGUGCCUUACAUGCCCUGAAGAACCUGAGUCGCAGCACGCCGGCGAUGUCGCCGUCGGCGUCCCCGCGGCACAGCGACAGCGAAGGUCCUCCCCGCGUGUCGAAGGGCACCAAGAAGUUCAUGCGACACUUCGCUGACGCCCCGCCUAGCGAGCGGGUCCUCAACUACUUCGCGUGCGCCCUGGUGUCCGACAUCCUGCUGCAAGGGACUCUCUAUAUCACGCCCAACUUCUUCGCCUUCUACUCUAAGAUCUUCGGACACGUGAGCAGGCUACUGAUACCUGUGAGUCAGGUUGCUAGUGUACAGAAAGAACGAACUGCAAAAAUUAUUCCAAAUGCUGUUGGACUCCAUAUGGUGGAUGGAAAGAGCUAUGUGUUUGGGUCUUUGUUAUCACGGGAUUCCACAUACAAGCUUAUGAACCACAUCCUGAAGAAGGCGCAGCAAAUUGGAGACAGUGAUAGUGAGCCGCCAUCUGCUGUGCAGGUGGCUGUUGAUGAUGAUGGGGAAGACUCGGUCUCAGCCAGUGCGGAGAGUCUUAUGGAGGAGGAUCAGGCUGACAGAUUCCUUGCAACUAGCCCAGUAGUUGACCUGGUGGGAGUCACUGCCACUACAACCACUCCUUGGAUCCGAGAUGGCUGCACAGCAACCACCACCUCAAGCAUUACAAGUAGUUCCAACACUACUGCCACUGCUUCCACCAUUAGUACUGCUGGUAUUCCAGGUCAUAAUCUUCCUGGAUCUCCAAACUGUACAACUGUCUUACGCCGUGGAAGCUUAUCAAGUUCAAAAGCAGGAACAGAAGAGCCAGGAGGUGCAGGAGGAGGUUCAGGGGGAGGAGUAGGAGUACUGUUUGAGUGGUUCACACAAGGAAGCUUAGUCAAGACCUGUUUCAAGGUUGGCAGCAUCCCAGUCAAGCUUAUAGGAGAAGGGGUAAAGGAACUAUGGUCACUACCAAGGACUUCAAUACUCCUCAUCAUAUCUACUUUGCUACUACUCUUACUCUUUGCAUCAGCAGCAUUCAUGCUUCACAGAGUAGAUGUUUUAAGCCAACAACUUGGCUUAGAGAAAUAUGAUGAAUACAAUGGUAUGUAUGAAGAGGUGCUACAAAUGCAACAGAGACUACAUGCUGCAGCAUCAAGUGAGAUUGAAAAAACUUUAAGCAUACAAUUAAAGCAUAUAGCUACAGUUCGGCAGUCAUUAGAAGCGUUGGUGGUUCUGUUCAACAAGGAGCCUCCUGUCAGUACAGCACAGAUACCAGACAAUACGUAACAACAGGUUCAGUGGGGUUGUGGCACCUCAAACUGGAUCCCUGGUUACUGGAGUCAGUUUUCCCCUCCACUUAUUUUAGAAUAUCUGAAGGGUUUGAUUAUCCCUGAAGACAGUGAAGAAAAGGAAUUGGGAAAGAAAUGUCCUAGAUGAAAUUCAGUAUGAUAGUAAAAUUUAAAAGAUUUAUUUUUCUUUGUGUAUGUGUAAUUGUUCCUCUAAUGUAAAAAGUAUUCUUUUAAAAGAAGAAUGAUUGUUAAUUACUAAGGGUAUAUGCCAGUAAUUUCAGUUAUUGCAGUGUACACCAACAAUCAAAAAGGUUUACUUUUCACACGCUUGCACAUUGAUUUUCUGAUAAUGGGAUAGCUGUUCAAGAAUCAGGAUAUUGAUUCUUUGUCAAGAUUUUUCCAGAUUUAUUUCAGAGGAUCUGAUAUGGAAGUGUUUUAUUAUCAUCACUGAACAUUGAUGUUAUAUGGACUGCUAAUCAAAAAAUGUGAGAGAUAAUCUACACUGCUCAAAGUAAAAUGACUUUCCAGUGUGUCAGCUGUCUAGUCAAAGGGUUGUUAUAUGUCUUACAGAAAAGACAAUUAUUUAUGUACACCUUUGUUUAUGGGUUAAGGUUAAAUAGCUUAAACAAAAAUAUAUGAAAAUGUGACAUUGAGACACGCCCUCAUAAGAUUUAUGAAAAUGCAGAAUUUUUAAAUGUUGAGGAUAUAUCUAGUCAAUCAUUAACUGAUGUCUUAACAGCAAUUAUGGCUUCCAGGCUGAAUUAAAGUUUACCUUAAUAAUGCAUGAAUGGUUAUUCAAGAAUAUCUACCUUAAAAGUAUCUUAUUACUGAGAAGAAAAUUUUUCAGUCCUAGAAUUACAUGGUUGUGAUCUUAGACAACUUAAACAUCUUGCUUAUCUUAUAAUAUUUGAUAUUUAUAUCAGAGAGUGAUAUUGGUUCACAGAGUCCCAUAAUUUAUUUUUCAUAGAUGGGUAUUAUUAUACAUAACCAUCCUAUGAAUGGCUUUUGCACACAAUCCCUCCCAACCUUGAUAUUGUGGACCAAAGAUUGUUAACUAUAACCACUAAUAUGUUUCUAUCCUCUAGCAUGUGGUAUUAGAACCAACAUGUUUCCUUUCUGGAGUUUAAAUGUUGUGCCUGUUCUGCCUGUUACCAGCAACUGCUCAUUGGUCAUGCAUGUUAUAUCUUAUUUUCCUUUUUUUUCAAUUUUUUCUUUCUUUCUUUUUUGUCUGUGUACACUUUUAGCUGUGAUAUUCAGCUCAAGGGUGAAGCAAUAGCUGUACUUAAGCUGUUAAGAACCUGACGAUCUCAGCAGCCUCCGCUGAAGUUGUUGAAGCAGUGACUAAAGAGUAAUGUAAACAUGUAAAAUCUUUCAGCUAUUUAAAUUCUGCUUAUACAAUUGAUCUUUAUGAAAACAGUGAGGUUGAUAUUCAGGUACUUUUUAAACUUUUUCCUUUCUUUCUAUUCAAAAUGAGUAGUAAACAUGGGAUUGUGGAACAUCAUAAAUUUUCAUGCAUAUUGUUAUGCAAUAGUUUAUUCUAGAUCAGAAAUCUUGGUUCAAAACCUGAAGCUUAAUAAUGACAAGCAUAUUUUUAAACAAAAUAUGAUGACAACCUAUGUAUUGUAUUCUACCAUCUCUGUAUAUUACUAAAACCUAUAGAACUGACACAUUUCUAAUUGAGUUGCCCUUGAAAGUGAUUCCAAUUUAAGUUCUAGUAAUCUUUCUUAUGCAUUGUUUUGAUAUGUAAAUAUGUAUAGGAUAAUAAUUGUAUAUAUAUACAGUAUAUAGACAGUGUGUGUG